AUGGAGUCGGGAGAUGCUCUUGUCCCUGACACUACCCAGCGAUUGCUACGGACACAACAGAUCAGCGGUACAGAUGCCGUCGCGUCUAACGAUGAAGAGAGGGCCCCCUUGAGCUUGAAGAAUCUGCUGAACGUGGUCGAACCUGGACAAAAUGCUGUCGGAUCCCAUAUUCAAGAUGGAAAUGUUUCAAAGGUGGAAUGCGAAGUACAGCGCUGA